AUGACUACCCCGAACAAGACACCACCUGGUGCUGAUCCAAAGCAGUUAGAGAGGACUGGUACUGUUAGAGAAAUAGGCUCACAAGCAGUUUGGUCUCUUUCAUCCUGUAAGCCAGGAUUUGGAGUGGAUCAGUUGCGAGAUGAUAAUCUAGAAACUUACUGGCAGUCAGAUGGAUCGCAGCCUCAUUUGGUGAACAUCCAAUUUAGAAGAAAAACAACAGUGAAGACGUUAUGUAUUUAUGCAGACUACAAAUCUGAUGAAAGUUAUACUCCAAGCAAAAUCUCUGUCAGAGUAGGAAAUAAUUUUCAUAAUCUCCAGGAAAUCCGGCAACUUGAAUUAGUGGAACCAAGCGGCUGGAUUCAUGUUCCUUUAACAGAUACUCAGAAGAAACCUAUUCGCACAUUUAUGAUACAGAUUGCUGUUCUAGCUAAUCACCAAAACGGAAGAGACACUCACAUGAGACAGAUCAAAGUGUACACCCCGGUGGAAGAGAGCUCUAUUGGUAAAUUUCCUAGAUGUACAACAAUUGAUUUCAUGAUGUAUCGCUCCAUAAGAUAG